UUAAGGAAGUGAAAACGUCUGCAAGUCUGCGACUAUCGAUAAGCACGGAAUUCAUUCAACAAACCAGAAUUUGAGAUAACAUUAAAAUCAAGCACAAUGUCAUCGAAUUCAAGUUUGUUUCGUCUUCCACCUGAUGAUAUGGAAUGGGAGAAGAACAACAGUCGAGUAUGGCCAAAAUUGACAUAUGAGGACCUUGUGGACUACUUGAUCCAUGCCAAGGCCUAUGAUGGAAAGGAAACGAAGUCUUUCAGAUCGCUUUAUGGAUACAACUAUGUGCAGAAUGGAUGGAUGGGCGAUAUCUGGUCCAUAGAAUGCAACGACAUUACAUACAUUAAAGCUACCGUAUCUCCUAGUCAGCCAGGUGUGGGCCGGAAGGACUAUAACGCAUGGAUAGCCGUUUCCAAAUAUCUGUCUGUGGAGACCGGUCACUGCAGCUGUCCAGCCGGGAAUGCUCGGUCAUGUAGACACAUAUCUGCCAUUAUUUAUGCUAUUACCCUAGCGUGGUCUAAUGGUGUAGGUGGCGAAACCUGCACUGACAAGCAGCGUACAUGGGGGAAAGGAGCAGCUCAAGUCCUUUGUCAUGACAGGUUGGCAGACAUGACAUUUGACAGACCGAGCUAGUUCGAGUUGCUGAUGUCUACGGAUUGUAUUGGACCAAAGACCAGUGACCUUCCUCGAACGAAACAAUUUAUUGAUCACACUAACAUGAAGGAAUUUGUUGCUAGCUCUAGCGUUCAAGGUCUCUGGGAGUGCAGUGGAACAUUAUUCUACAGUGUUCUUCAUGCCCCAGAAAUUUCUAAUGAAGCUGAAGAGGAUACCCCGCAUGGCGAACACACCAUCAACUGUGUGUGCCCAGUGUCACUACCUCUGUCAUGUCCUAAGUGCCAGACUUUUUAUGAAGCAUAUGUUCAGCUGACUGACUCAUCCAAGUUAGAGAAGGCGACAAAACAGCAGAACAACAGUACCUGGACAGACAGUCGCAAGUUAAGGAUCACCAGUAGUCGAGUGAGUGAUCUGCCCAAAACAAAUAGAGCAAACCCUGAUAAAUUCAUCAACAACCACAUCUACUCUAGGUUUAAGGGGUGCGCCGCUACUCGUCAUGGGCAAAGGUAUGAACCUGUUGCACGAGCAUGGUAUGAGCGAUUGAGUGGAAAGACUGUGUCUCCUUCAGGGAUUGUUGUUUGCGAGGAAGAACCAUACCUAGCUGCAAGCCCUGGUGGGAUUUUAGAGCCUCACACCAUUGUUGCAAUCAAGUGUCCUGUUCGGCCCGUAAAUGACUUGAUUUCAUCAGGAAAGUAUGAUGUGAUGCUUGUGGAUGGAAAGCCUGUGCUGAACCCUAAAGGCAAAAAUGGUUAUUUUUGUCAAGUGCAGUGUGCCAUGUACUGUACAAAAGCUGAUCUGUGCAAGUUUGUUGUAUGGACUGCUGACAAACAAUGUGUGAUUGAUGUAGCGUACGACCAAGCCUACAUGGAUCAAGUUCUUCCUCGGAUUAGGGAAUUUUACUUCCGUCAUCUGCUCGUUCGAUUGGCAGAUGAAUUCUCAUCUAAACGUUUGAAACUGUCAUCAGAGUAUAGGUAUGUGUGUGGACAAAAAAACAGAUAAGACUUUUGUUAAAUAACACCAAUAGCAGUACAAGUAUUGUGAAAAUUGCUGGUUUUUGGAAUAAAUGUUUUACAGUAUUAAAGCAGUGAAAAAUGAAUAAAUUUUCAUUAUGUAGAUUAUACUGAAUUGCAAAGUGUAAAUGAGCAGUUUUGUUUAUUUGCUUAUGAUUUUGAUUCUGAACUUCAUUUGUUUUAUUGUUAUUGUAUUAAUUUGCAUUAAAUUUUGUAAGUCUUUUUAAAAUUGUUUUGUGUGUAAUAUUUUUUAUCUUUUAUGUCUCAGAGAUUGACCGAAUCAUUAGGGGGGCCAUUUCAUCAAAGGUUGCACGACAAUCUUAAUAUACGACUGAAAUUUAAAAACUGAAAAUGUACAAGCUGUUCAUAAAUAGCUCCGCAAGAUACAAGCCAUGGGUAAGACCAUAAUAAUACGAUGUUUGAUGAAACGGCCCCCAGGACUUAAGGACUUAAUUCACAAGGCUCACAAAGAAAAAAUUGAA